AUGUCUUACCUCGCAACUCUUUACGAGGCUAGCAGUGUUCGGAUUGCUAUAAAAGCGGAAUUCCUAGCUGCAGGGGAAACCUCUCUCAUUGUCGCGUGUGUUUCCUCGCCCUUGUCUGCUUUGCUGCCCGCCCUAUAUGCACCUGCUUACAAUAGUUUCGAACUGGCCAGGAAAUCAUCCCACAUCGAAGUGUACAAAGUUGCUAGCAGUGGAGUCGUUCUGCAGGAGAAAUUUCCCAUCUAUGGAAGAGUGAUAGCUCUUGCAACCUUCAGACCGCAGCAGUCUGGGACGGAUCAUCUUUUAGUUGCGAUUGGCCAAGUCAAUUACAAAUAUUUCACCAUAUCAUGGGAUCCUAUAGCCAAAAAACCAAAAAACGAACAUACGGCCACAGAUAUCACCGACUACCAUACCCCAUUAUCAGAUUCCUUCCUGUGUUUGUCCGACCCAGGGAAAAAUAUGUUAGGGCUUCACGUUUAUAAAGGAACAUUCCUGGCCAUUCCGCAGAUUCGGCAAUCGAUUAGAGGUGGUAAAAGGUCGCGGACUGGCCUCGAUGCAGGUAACGUUGAGGAACCGUGUGUUGUGAGGCUCAAAGAGCUGGAGAUCCUCGAUUUGAAGUUUCUGUUUGGUACCAGUCUGCCUGUGCUGGCUAUUCUUCACAGGCCUCUGAUGGCUGAUGAAAUGGUUGUUGAUACGUAUGAAUUAUCGGUAAAAUCCGGCGAGGCUACACUCUCGGAGUGGAAGAUGCGGGAUUUGAAGGGGGGACAGGAGGCUCUAUUCCUUAUACCUGUCCAGCCGCCUUUAAAAGGGUUGUUGGUCAUUGGAGCGACAAAUAUCCUAUACUUUGGUAGUGAUGGGGGGAAAACUUUCCGGCCUGUAGACCCUCCUAGGGUGUGGACGGCUUGGGAGAUGUUAAGUCCGGAGAGAUAUAUUUUAGGGGACGAAGCUGGUGGGCUUCAUUUAUUGCUAUUACAAUUUGAUGUUAGCACCAGGAAAGUCAGUCUGCGCUUAAAGAAUAUUGGAAACGUGAGUUACCAUAAGACUCCUACAAGUGUAUCGCGUUGGUUAAUGGUCUUAGGCGUCCGUUCCAGAAACAUUAGUUCACUUGGGCCAAGGACUUUUAUUUCUGGGCUCUCAUUCUGGUGAUUCGCAGCUUAUACAGCUGCAUGAGGAUGAGCCGGUAGUCCGGGUUCAGCAAGUACUUGAUAACAUAGGUCCGAUGAUCGAUUUUAGAGCCGUCGAUUUAGACUACUCGAGGUCUGGCGAAGGAACGCGACAGUAUUCGCCUGGCCACAUCAGAUUUUUAUCAGCGAGUGGUGGCCACAAGCAGGGCCAUCUAAGAAAUAUAAGAAGUGGCGUUGGUCUGGAUGAUUUAGGUGUUCUCGGUGAGAUGAGAGGAAUUCGAGGUCUGUGGAGCUUACGAUCGAUUCUUGAAAGCGGGUAUGCUAUAUUUUCUUAUUGGGAUAGUAUGGGUCGAAAGUGAAGAAAGGAAAAGAAAGAAAAUACUAACUCUCAUUUCCAAAUAGCUUUCAUGAUGUGCUAGUUGUAGCGUUUGUGGACGAAACUAGAAUAUUUAAGUUCGACGAUGCCGGAGGUAUUGAGGAAUUGGACGAGUUUAUGGGGUUUGCGCUCGACCAAAGAACUAUUAUCGCUCAUAAUAUUGUGGGCGGCCGGUUCUUGCAAGUUACCUCCACUGCAGUUAGGCUUGUUGAUGCCGAUGGUGGCGCCGCUAUUGCAGAGAGUUCUUCGGACGAUGGCCUUACUAUAACCAUGGCAAGUGCAAACCAAGAUUUGCUAAUUUAUGCUAUGGGGCCUACCUUGGUUCUCUUGGAUCUUACCCAAAAUUUGAAAGAGCAUAUUAGAAAAACCUUUGAGAACGAAAUAAGUUGCCUCAACAUGCCUGCUUCGCCAUCCAGAAUCUGCGCAGUUGGCUUCUGGAAUAUCUCAUCGGUUCUAAUUCUCAGCGUGGAAUCUUUCUCCAUCCUAUCUCAGGAAGUAUUGCUCAGAGAUGACAGUAUCGCUACUCCCCGUUCCUUACUUCUUGCGAGGAUUCUAGAGAAUGGACCACCGACCUUGCUUGUCGCCUUAGGUGAUGGCAGUAUAUUCACUUUCGCAAUAGAUGAGAUAACCUGCGCCUUAUACGAAAAAAAGAAUAUAAUCUUGGGUACACAGCCGAUACGGUUCCAGCCAAUAAUGAGAGAUGGGAAAACUACCGUCUUUGCAACCUGUGACCACCCAAGCGUUAUAUACGGUAGCGAUGGGAGAAUUGUGUACGCCUCCAUUACAGCCGACAAGUCAACCUAUGUUACCUCCUUUAAUUCUCACAACUUUCCAGAUGCCGUCGUUAUAGCCAGCGAUGAUGACCUAAAACUCUCCGUCGUGGACCCUCUCAGGACCAUGCAUAUUCAGUCGCUACCGGUAGGGGAUGUUGUCCGAAGGAUAGCGUACUCGAAGGAAAAAAAUAUCACUGCAGUCGUAACGGUCUCCAGAACUCCUGAUCCGAGAACAGGCGACGAUCUCCAUACGUCUUAUAUCCGUCUUAUCGAUAGCGCCACUUUUUCUGUAGUUGACUCCUAUAAGCUAAACGAGCUGGAGCUUGCUGAGAGUCUUGCUUCUGGCAGAGUCUGUGGCGGGGACGGAUCGCCCUCUGAAGGGUUUUUGGUGGGAACCGCUUUUCCCGGUAGGGGCGAAAAAGAAGAGAGCGAAAAGGGCAGGAUCAUUAUCUUUAACGUGAGCGAAACGAAGCGUAUCAAACCCACGGCAUUCUAUGAUACCCUGGGGAUGGUAAGUGGAAUACAGGUGAUUGGAGAAGGAAAAUUCGUGGCUGCCAUCGGCCGAGAGGUAAGGCCAUCACAACGUCUUCCUAUUAGGAUCAAAUUAUUAAGCUGCUGCUUGUUUCAAUUAGGUUGAGCUUUUUGCCCUCGAACACUCUGACUUUCAGAGUAAAUCAGCUGCGGGAAAGUCGGCGAGUGUAACUGGAUGCACAAUCACCAAGCUGGCAAGAUUCAGCACCCAUAGUACACCACUCGACGUUGCGGCAUACAAUGACAUCAUCGCCGUGGGUGAUUUUAUGCACGGUCCCUCGAUUCUCGAGUAUGUGGAGGAUAAAGAAAGCAAAAAGAUUGAGUUUGUUGAGGUCGCAAGAGCGUAUAACCACGGCUGGCUAGCAGCCCUUGAGCUGUUAGAUGAAAAGACUGUUUUCUGCGCUGAUACGGAUGGUAAUUUGGUUGUUUGGCAGCGGCAACUCUCUGGGGUCACUGAAGAGGAUAAGAAGCAACUUCGGCAGAUUGCGUCCAUAAAAAUUGGGGAGUAUGUUAACAGAAUCAGAAGGAGUAUGUAUCCCUAUAGCUCUAUGCUCACGUACAUAAUCACUAACCCUUUAAAGUCACUGGUCAGACCUUGGCCGGAAGCAAAGUCCAGCCAAAAGCCUACUUCUCGACGGUAAUGCACUCCCAGUAUCUAACACAAACGCAUUACAAUUGCUCUAACAGUUUGAGCAGGUCGACGGAUCUAUGUUUCUCCUCGGCGAGAUCCAAGCUGCCGAGAUAGAUCUAUUGAUAAAUCUCCAGACCAACCUCUCAAACGCUGUUCAAGGACUAGGGGGCCUCGAUUUCCUGAGUUGCCGGGCAAUGUCGACAUCCCCGGCUAACUCAAACGCAGAACCGACACGAUUUGUCGAUGGAAAUUUCAUCGAGACUUUCCUGGAUUUACCUGAUGAUGUCGCGAUGGCUGUAGUCAGAGGGAACGGGAAGGCGAUCGAUGACUUGGGAGUCAGUGUUCAGGACGUGGUGGACAUUCUAGAGACACUUAAACGCUUGCGUUGA